CAGGGGUGCUGUGGGGGUAACUCCUAAAUGACGUAGACGUGUAUUUCUCCUCCUCAUAAGUUGGGUUAACACUCAAAUGCAGUUAUUUCGAACUGAGGACGGACGGAAAUGAAAAUGAAGCUGUUGGUAUGCCUUUUUUGCGUGGUCUUAUUGACCUUCUGCACUGAUGCAAGCCCCGUCAUUAAGGAGAGUUUUGCAAAGCAGCUACUCCGCACCAAGAGACAAAAGCCUGGACAUCGUGAUGAACCCAUGAGGGAGCACAUGCUGCAUAUGCAAAGGCUGGAGCAGAGGGCUCGAGAGACCAGCAUGGAGAAUUGGAUGAACCCUCACUGCUUCCCUCGCUGUGACCGCAACUACGGCUACCCUGUGUAACAGGCCUGCUGUGAUCCACAGGACGAAGACAGGAAUUUCGGCGGCGACAAAGCUGAUAGACAGCAUGAAAUGAAUUGCAAUAGGAACGAAAAGACAAAGGAAUGCCGAGGAGGCCAAUGACACAGAAUCCACGACGACACACCUAUAUCGAUAGACGCAUUUUAGAUGUCGUAGAUGUAAAAUCCUAGAAUCGUUUUUUUUUUUUUUAUAAAAAUGAA